AUGACAAUGUUUCCGGUAGCGAUUCAAUUAGAUAAUGAUUAGAUAUAUAAAUUUCAAUGCACAUUUGGCGAGUACAUUAUGUCCAGCACCUUCGCCACAAUGAAGCCGAUAUUAGUGAUAUUUUCACUGUUGGGUUUGAGUUUUGCCGAGUCCGGCAUAGAAGGGAAACUCUACCGUUCCAACGUGACCACCGCAGGCGGUAGAAUUGUAGGUGGGGUUCCGGUCGAUAUCCGAAACUUCCCGUACCAGGUGGCCAUCCUGCGUAACGGAGGUCAGAUCUGCGGAGGCACCCUGAUCUCGAGCAGAUGGGUCCUAACGGCGGCUCAUUGCCUGGACAGGAACGCAGGCAUCACCAGCGUAACUCAAGUGAACGUAAGGGUCGGUUCGACCGUGCACAACAGCGGCGGAGAAAGGAUCGCCGCCUCAGCCUACAUAUUGCACGAGAAUUACGUAGAAAACGAGUUCGACUACGACAUGGCACUCAUUUAUCUCGCGACCGCGGUUACAAGUCCCGACGCCGCUCCUAUCGCGUUAGAUCCGGAAACCAGAAGCUAUUCUGCAGGCGAGGUCGUCACACUUUCAGGAUGGGGAGACCUCUUUGAAGGCUCCAACCAAGGUUCGCUGACGCUACAGGCUGUACAGGUACCGGUGGUAAAUCACUUAAGCUGCCGGCUUAUAUACGGGUCCACCGUAAACAACAGGAUGUGGUGCGCAGGAUAUUCAGCAGGAGGCAGGGACUCCUGCCAAGGUGACUCCGGCGGACCGGCGGUGAUCAACGGAAGGUUGGCAGGCGUGGUAAACUUCGGUGCCGGAUGUGCCAGAGCCGGACUGCCGGGAGUUUACGGAAGCGUUCCCGUCUACAGGAACUGGAUCAGGACCCGCACCGGAGUUUAAACUCGUAACGAAUAAAUCGAUUUUCGCCUCCCAUGUAGUUUUAUCCAUUUAAUCCGUUACAAAUAAAUGGCCCAAUAAGUGAGCCAAACGCAUUAGUCGCCAACAACUGACGAGAAUAAUAAUUCGGAACAAAAAGCGGUCUUAUUUAUCAAAAAAUUGAACUUUUGGACAUAAAAUCGUCUCUAUUGUGGAGAAAGUUACUAAAUGGUGUUAAGGGUUGAAUAACAUUUUUCGGUAACUUUAUAAUUUUUUUCCAUUGAGUGGACCUUUUAUAUUCGCGCUGUGUAUACAACACCCCCACCAUACCCAACCUUGGUUAAUCCGCGAGAAAAGACAGACUUGCGUGAGCGUCCGUAGUGCGAUCCACGAAAAAACAAGCUCUCUUCUGUGACCGUUUCGCGAGAACCCCGCGCUGUGUUGUGGUCCUUACCACCCCCAACCCUCCAGAAAAUACCCCUAAGAAGACCCAACCGGGCAGACGACGACGCGGGAAACCAUCAAUGGUGGGUGAUUAACCGUUUCGGGCGUUGUAUGUCCUACCGUUUUCUCGUUUAAGUUUUGAGGGUGAUUUACAACCACCUUCCCCCAACCCUUUACAAACGGAAUACUACACAAUCAUU